UCAUUCUGGCAGACGAGCACAACAGUCCUUGUCGACCAGCUGAGCCACUCAGUCGAACCAGAUACCAGAUAGCGUCAACGUCAACCUGAUAAUAAAAACACAGAGAAGAAGAAGAGGAAAGAGGAAAAAAAGGUGGCAGUGGAUGAACUGUUUCCUUCAGCGGGGACUCAGACCAACCCAGGGAGUAUGGGCUGCAUGAAGUCCAGGCUGACAGGCGGUCUGAGCGGAGGUGUGGAGGGGAAGACCGAGCAGACUGUACGUACCGACCACAUGGACUUUGUCAGAGACCCCACCGCCAAUAGAACAAGCAACAUAGAUAAGUUCCUGUUACCUGGUCAGCUAUUCCAAAAGAGGGAAGAGCAAAGUGGGGUCGGUAAAAUUGUGAUCAGCCUUUACCCAUAUGAAGCUCUGCAUGACGACGACUUAGGAUUCAAGAAAGGAGAAAAGAUGAAAAUUUUAGAGGAACAUGGGGAGUGGUCCAAAGCAAAGUCACUGACAACAAAUAAAGAAGGAUUCAUCCCGUGCAAUUAUGUCGCCCAAGCUGACUCCAUGGAAACAGAGGAGUGGUUUUUCAAGGACAUGACAAGAAAAGAUGCAGAGAGGCAGCUGUUGGCGCCUGCUAACAAACCAGGCUCCUACCUUAUUAGGGAAAGUGAAACAUCAAAAGGAAGUUACUCGUUGUCCAUCAGAGACACGGGUGCUGGGGGGACUGAUUCGGUCAAACACUAUAAGAUCCGGAUGAUGGACAAUGGUGGCUAUUACAUCUCCCCUAAAAUCUCCUUCUCCAGCAUCGCUGAGAUGAUCAAACACUACCACAACAAAGCCGAUGGCCUGUGUCGUAAACUGGAUCGUGCAUGUGUGAAACCCCAAGCUCAGAAGCCAUGGGACAAAGAUGCGUGGGAGAUUUCCAAAGAUUCUAUUAAGAUGGUGAAGAAACUCGGAGCUGGUCAAUUCGGAGAAGUUUGGAUGGCCUACUACAACAAUACAACCACAGUGGCGGUGAAGACGCUGAAGCCUGGCACCAUGACGGUCGAGGCCUUCAUGGAGGAGGCCAACGUCAUGAAGACGCUGCAGCACGACAGGCUGGUUCGGCUCUACGCUGUAGUCACCAAGACACCACCCAUCUACAUCAUCACGGAAUACAUGGCAAAUGGGAGCCUACUCGACUUCUUGAAGAGCGACGCGGGAUGCAGACUCCAGCUGCCGAAGCUCAUCGACUUCUCAGCACAGAUAGCGGAGGGCAUGGCGUACAUAGAGAAGAAGAAUUACAUCCACCGAGACCUGAGAGCGGCUAAUGUCCUGGUGUCAGAGAGUCUACUCUGUAAAAUAGCUGAUUUUGGACUAGCAAGAGUCAUCGAGGACGACCAAUACUCUGCUAGAGAAGGAGCCAAAUUCCCCAUCAAGUGGACCGCUCCAGAGGCCAUCAACUACGGCUCCUUCACCAUCAAGUCAGACAUGUGGUCCUUUGGAGUUCUGCUCUUUGAGAUCAUAACCUACGGGAUGAUCCCGUACCCAGGUAUGACCAAAGGGGAGGUGAUUUCCUCGGUGCAGCGCGGCUACCGGAUGCCUCAGCCCGGCAACUGUCCCAACGAGCUGUACGCGAUCGUGAUGUUAUGCUGGAAGAACAAGCCCGAGGACAGGCCCACCUUUGACUACAUGCAGAGCGUCCUGGAUGACUUCUACACGGCCACAGAGGGACAGUACCAGCAGCAACCGUAGAGACGGAAAGACAUUCACUCUACAUUAUGUUUGAGGCUAUUUUAGAUAUUACUUUUGAAUUAUUUUGUACAUAUAUAUACAGUAUAUGACAUGUUCUUUACAUUUUAUACACUGCAUUUGACGUUCAGUAUAUGCAGCUUGCAGAAAAUAAUAUAGUGAAUUUGUGCAUUUUGGGGGGUAUAGAGGAGAUGGACUGUAUAAAAUAUGUAUAAAAACUGAAAAACAGUAUAUACAACAGGGACACGGAGUCUUAAUCAUGUGUCUGGAGUUCUUGUGCUGAAGUAUUUAAACAUUUGGACCAAAUUCAUUUCAUUUAAACUGAGCAAACAGUUUCAUCAUAUUCAUGUCUUGUUAUUUAAACGACUGAAUAGUUUUUCAACAAUACAUGUAAUCAUCAAACUUAAUGUUACUUCCUAAGCUUUAACUAAUGCUAGCCCUUUCUCAAUCUACCACUUGUGUAAAAAUCUGCAUUAUAUGUUGUUGUGUUGCAUGAUAUUAUUUACAUUAAGUUGAUAGUCAAAGAGGUUAUUAGUGUAAAUCAUACCCCACUUAAAGUGUAUAUAUAUAUAUAGUACCCAGUAUAAGUUAUAUAUGAGUUAAGGUUAUGACUACCCAUUUUAAAGUCAAUUAUUUUCUACAGCACCCUUGAGUUUUCUGAGUGUUUCUUUUGCGUUUCCUUUUCAUUGUGUCACUCCAUAUUGAAGUGCUAUAUUUCCUGUUUUUUUAUUUAGUGUAUUUCUGUGUUUCAGGGGGCUUAAUCUGUUCCUUGUAUCAUUUCAAUGAAGGUAUAAUCAAAAGCGUAAUCUGGAGUUUGAAGUGACAUUGGAUAGCUCGUGAUAGUAAACCAUUUAGAACCUUUAUUGUACAGAAGGAGGGUACUUUAUAGCCCUCGUGUGUUGUGUUUUUAACAUUGGGUCCAUCUCUUUGUUUGCUACUUGAUAUUUGGAAUGAGAAUGUACACAUUUUGUAUUGACAAAAUGUGCAUUAAGUAAAGUAUAUUUGAUGUUGGAUAUUUGUACAUCUAGCUCUAAGAGACUAAGUUCUCAUUCCCUUUUCCUGACAGAUUUUUUUGGGUUUAUGAAGAAAAAACUGUUGAUACGCUUUUGAAGUCAAUUUGUUGCUACCUCAUUGCCUUCUAGUUAAUCUGAGUGACCUGAGAGAACUACACAAACAGGUUUAUGACUUAUCUAGAAGUACACCCCAAAAAAAGAACCAUUAGAUUAGAAUGUAUAUUGUUAACCUGUUUUAUUUUAAUAUUGUAUUCAGAAACCAUGCAUGAUAUUCAUUGCAUUUACAUUGUACAGCAUUAAAAUCUGUAUUAUUAUUUGGAUCAAUUUUUAAUCCAUCAAUUUUAUGAGAUUCUGCAAAUAUGUUUAAUAUAUGCAACAUGUUUUUUUUAAUACAUUCAUCAAGUUUCUUUCUUUUAUAACUAAACUAAAGAAGUCUAAAAUGAGUCAAAUUGCCAAAAUAUUUGAUCAUUAUAUGCAAGGGGUACUUGGCUCAAAAAUAAUAUUACGAGAACCUGUGUUAUAAGCAGCCAAAGAAAGGUCAGUGCCUAUAUACAGAGCUUAAUUUUUUAUUCUUAAUAUUUAUAGAUGGGCACGGGAAGCAUUUGAAACGGGUAUGUUCAUAAAUCAACUUUUGUUAUGCCAUGUAUUUAUUUUUCAAGUUUUGG